AUCUGCUGCAGACUAGUCAAAAUGGCCAAGCCUCGUGGACUGAACGCCGCGCGCAAGCUGCGCACGAUCCGCAAGGACAACAAAUGGGCUGAUGCGCACUACAACAAGCGCAUGCUCGGAAACUUCUACAAGUCCUCGCCCACAGGAGGUUCAUCUCAGGCCAAGGGCAUCGUGCUCGAGAAGGUUGGUGUCGAAGCCAAGCAGCCCAACUCCGCCAUUCGAAAGUGCGUUCGUAUUCAGCUCAUCAAGAACGGAAAGCGUGUGGCUGCUUUCGUCCCCAACGAUGGUUGCUUGAACUUCAUCGAUGAGAACGACGAGGUUCUGAUCUCUGGUUUCGGUCGCAAGGGAAAGGCGAAGGGUGACAUUCCCGGUGUCCGUUUCAAGGUCGUCAAGGUGUCCGGUGUCUCUCUCUUGGCUUUGUUCAAGGAGAAGAAGGAGAAGCCUAGAAGUUAGAUUGCCUCGCACCAAAAUCGCCUGACCCGCACCUGCGGCAGCCAUGCCGAACACCUUGUACUUCCGUCAUUCUAUGACCCCACGCAUCACUGCCAUGCAAUACGAUUUGGCUAGGCUCUCGUCACAAUUCCUCGAGAUUGCAUUAGCUUGCAUGGUCGGUGGUGUUUUUGAGGGGGUCGAGCGGGCUCGAGCGUGAAUCGCGGUCGG